AUGGAGUCCGUACACCUCUGCACCAUCAUUCCCGACCCUGUGCAUGAGAUUGACGACACUGACGCUCAGUCGUCGGCCCCGAAGGGCGGGGGUGAGCCACCCAGUGAGGAGAUAGCCGACAUGGCCAUGGUCAGCGACUACAUGUGGACCCCUGGCGAGACCAUCCGGAUCAAGCUGCUCGGUGGGACGAGCAACGUGCAGAAAAUGGUGAAAAAGUACGCGCGUGGCUGGCUCGAGCACGCCAACCUCAAGAUGAACUUUGUCAAGAGAGGCGAUGCCGACAUUCGUGUGUCGUUUAUCAAAGGUGGUGGCUCAUGGUCCGUCAUCGGCACCAGCUGCCGCAACGUGCCCAAGGACCAGGCAACCAUGAAUUUUGGCUGGUUCACUGACACGACGCCCGAGAUGGAGUUCUCGCGCACCGUGCUGCACGAGUUUGGCCACGCCCUCGGCUGCAUCCACGAGCACCAGAGCCCGGCGGGGAACAUACCCUGGGACAAAAAGGCCGUGUACAAGUACUACAAACAGACUUUGGGCUGGGACAAACCAAAAGUGCGCAGAAACAUCUUCAAGGCCUACAGCAUCGACAUAACGCAGUUUUCGUCGUUUGACAAGGAGUCCAUCAUGCUCUACUCAUUUCCGUCCAGUCUCACAAAAGGGGAAUUCUUCACAAAGCCCAACUCGACACUGUCCAACGCGGACAAGCGCUUUAUAGCCGAGGCGUACCCAGGACGCCGGGCGCGCGUCAAGGUUCAACCCGAGCCCGAGGGCCGGCUCACGCGCAUCAAGAAGGCCCUGGACGGCCCGUGGCGGGGAUACUACUACUACUCGGACGGGAGGACGGAUGGGCUGAGCAUUCUCAGUCUGACAACAAGGCGAGCCCGGGACGAUGGCAAGUCUGUCGCCAUCACCGGGAGUGGCAGUGACUCGGUCGGGUACUUCACCAUCAAGGGGGAUGUUUACGCCUCUGGGCGCGUGUCGCGAGGAGUAGCAAACACUCUGUUUAAAAACGCUACGCGUUACAUCAAAAAGUAUCUAUGCCUUGAGGUGACCUCCCUGCGGGGUGGUCCCUGGCCCCGCCAUGGUUCCUGCUCUCCUGACAAGGGUUCCGCCACAGAGUGGCUAGGGCCGGAUGGCCGCGCACCCCAGAAGCCUUGA